GAUGAAGGAGUGCAGGACCAAGUUCGCGUUCUCGGAACAUGGACUUCUCCUGCGGUUUUAUAUAUAUUUAUAAAAAAAAAAAAUCUGCCAGUGCUGCAUGAGCUUUUCUUCUGAAAGCUUCAUUCCUGUCUGUGGAAAUUAAAACUUAAAAAGUGGAGCAAGUGACACGUUCAGGUUCACGUCCAGUGAAGUGGUUAUUUUAUUGAGUUGCUCAUGACUGACAUUAUUUAUCAGGAGCAGCAUCUUCAGUGCAGUAGGAGUGUAUGUAAGUCGGAGUGACCUGUGCAUCCGCACUGGAGUUGGCUGGACAUCAUCAGGGUACGUCCAUGCCAUUUACCUCCCCUGUCUGGGCUUCAGGGAUUUCAGCCACUGAAGGAAAAAUUGCUUGACAUCAGGACUCGUCCUACGAGACCCCACCACUCAGUUUAGUGUUUAAGACUCAUCAGUUUUCUCAACAUGGGCACUGCUUUGUCCCUGUCUCCGGGUCCCCAAAAAUCUCACUACUAUGAUGACCGGCCUAACUCUCUCAGCCGCUACCCGAGCUUGAGCAGCCGCUCUUUGACCACUCAGAAGGAGCAUGGGCUCAAAUCACGCGGACAAUCUAUUUUCCUGCCUGCUCUCACCUGGAAACGUCUGGUGGCCUCCACUAAGAAACGGGGUUCCUCUAAGAAAGGGUUUCCCACCAGCCAAGGAGCCAUUGGAGCUCCACUUCACAACAACAACCACAUCUACCAGAAGGACCCUGUCUUACACCUGAACCGAGAGAAUGUAAAAAAGUCCCUCUCGUGUGCGAACCUUUCCAGCUAUGAAGCUCCAGCAGGUCUGGGCUUGGGAAUGGGGUUGAACUUGGGCUAUGUUAAACCACAGCAGCUUUCUUCAGUCAAAAAGGUUUCUCACGGAAACUCUUCUCCAAAACGUGUGAUUGUCCAAGCAUCUACAAGCGAGCUCCUGCGAUGUUUGGGUGAAUUUCUAUGUGCACGAUGUUAUCGACUCAAGCUCCUUUCCCCCUCUGAUCCGGUUCUGUGGCUACGUGCUGUAGAUCGCUCACUUCUGCUCCAGGGCUGGCAGGACCAAGCCUUCGUGACGCCAGCGAACGUAGUGUUCAUCUAUAUGUUGUGCCGAGAUGUAGUGGACGGCGAGGUGGUCUCCUCAGAACACGAACUCCAAGCUGUCCUUCUCACCUGCCUCUACCUGUCCUAUUCAUAUAUGGGCAAUGAGAUCUCUUACCCACUCAAGCCCUUCCUGGUGGAGGCAGCCAAGGAGGCAUUUUGGGACCGAUGCCUGGCCAUUAUUAAUGCCACGAGUGCCAAGAUGCUGCGCAUCAACGCGGACCCACAUUUCUUCACUCAGGUAUUUGCGGAACUGAAAAGCGAAGGUGGAUGCGGACUGCAGGAUUAUGGACGAUUACUGGAUCGGUGAGUGGAGAGGGAGUGGAACUUCCUCCUUCACUGCAUCCCCAGUAGUAACCUUUGUGUUCUUCUCUAAGUCCUGUUCUGAAGAAUCAGUGUCUCUUAAUACCUCUGUGGUGUAAAGAUCUGUAGGGUCACUCUAAAUCAGUCCAUCACCGUUGGGUCACAGUGUGUUGGGCACUUGACCUUGUUUCAACUCUGAUAUUGACCUCAUAGAUCUUAAAACUGGAUAGUGGAUCUGUUUUCAUUUUCAGACAGACUUGAGGUGCCUUGAAAGUGAAGUAUGUUGAAGACUUUUUGCAAAUCCGUCUGCAUUUUGACACGUGAUCAAAUGGCAUCGGGUCAGUAGAUUGGAAGCAGGUUUCACCAACUGCAAUGGAUCCUAAUACGGUUUUGGGAUGCAGUUUUUUCCCCUUUUUCUUAAGGGGGAGCACCAGAUUAGAGAUGAAACCGUGUGAUGUUAAAGACAUCAGGCUGCUCACCUUUGACAAAGGCCACAAGUCUGCCACCUGAGCCCUUCUUAAGCCUAAAUCUCAGCCUAAAACUAUCCACAUAAUGAAUGGCACACGCCUGAUAAUACUUGACCAAUGGGUAGUCUAUCCAGAGUGUUGGGAUACUGUCCAUCUUCAUGGAAGAAACACUAGUUAGUCCAUCUAUCCCAUGGCAACGUGUUAGCAGACCACAAUGUUUUCUGUGAACAUUUCAUAGGACAAGACCAAUGGAGAACACUUUCCCCCAAAGUCAGAGUUUAGCCAAUGUGGGUAAUCUGCAUUUUGACACCAUCCUCCACAACACAAUAGCAAAAAGAGGUAUUAUUAAAAAUUGAAAAUGACUUCUCUCAUAACCAAAUUGACAGUGCACCAAAUUUGAUGUUUUGGCUAAGAGUUGGUAAAGAAUUAGCAUACUAUGAUCAGUUCCUCAGGAGAGAGUUGUGUACAUUCAUCAGCUGUUUAAUGUGACUUUUCUGUAAGAAAAUCCAAGUGGAAGCACUGUGUGUGUGUGUGUGUGUGUGUGUGUGCGCGUGUGUGGAUGUCCAUUAACAGUUUGGUACUGUGUUGUCCUUCCUUUUGUUUUAUGAGUCCAGAUUUAGGGUGCUGUGGCAUUAAUAAGAUUAACAGAUUACCCACACACACUUAGAUACACAGCACUUGUAUCUUGCAGGGCUAAUCCAUACCGCUUGGCCGGUAUGUUAAUUCCAAGCCUUUCUGUGUCACGCGUCUGUUCUCUCCUGCAGUACCUAACUAAGGCUGGUGGUCAGCGAAAAUCUGUGUGUGUGUAUUUUUGACAGGGAGGAAGGAAGUGUAUUCUGGGUGAAGGGAAUUUGAAGAGAUGAGUUCAGGCAUUUCUAAAAGCUGUCAGGUCACUGUGGUCACGCACAGCUGACUUUUGUCCAGGUGUGUGUCCUGACAGAGAGGACACAGGGAUUUUCAGGGAUGCAGGGAGCUUUUGUCUGUGCCCUCCCCAACAGAAAUUGAAAACCAUUUUCCCAAACUGUCUGUAUGCAAGUUAAAGAUAUACUCAAAUACUCAUUUUGAUGUUCAGACUCACAGACGAGCCCCUGUUCAUGUAAUAUUUAGUUCAUUUCAGUUUCUUGAAUAAAGCAAGGCUUCAUUUAAAACCAUAGAAAGCAAAAGUGAUAUAAAAAGAAAUGACAGGUGUCCAGAAGUUCCUUUAUAGACUUCUCUCAAAUUUUCAUUCCAAGCAUACUUUUUAAAGAAAGUAAUUAUACAUCGACACAUGGCUAAACUGCAUCUAUAAGGUAUAGCUGUUCGGUUGUGGGUCAGAUCAUGAAUUUGAGAGAGCAGCACGUGGCUUUGCAGUUAACCGUUAAUCUGAUUGUGCUGUACUGCAGUGCCACAGGAGGCAUCAGCCUCUACCCUGCCUACUCAUACACACAGAAAUACAAAAAAGACUAUUCUAAACUCUAGGCAUUUUACUCAUACAAUAGAUUUAGAUGAGUACUCAUGCCAAAACACGUGCGCACACACACACACACACACACACACACACACACACACACACACAGUGAUAAUCUGUUAAUUCCUUUCUACCCCAGCCAAGAACAAAAAGAUGAAAAUGCAGCAUAUAUGUGAGUCAGAUCAGCAGAGAUUUCUGUUUGUUCUGCCUGGGUCAUCAGCACCACCGCCUGCUCCGACACACACUUGUUCUCGAUCAGAUGCCUAGCAGUGCAGUUAUAUAAUAUCCAUAUGAACAGCCAACACUUAAAAAGCAGCAGAUGACUGAAAACAACAAGCAAAGUUUUGCUGCAUAAUAUUAUCAGAUAUCGAUGUGAGACUCUUAAGGCUGUAUUAUGCUUAUUUCCAACAAAGUUCCCAAGCCUGGAAA